AUGGCUCUGAUGGGGAAUCAGGAACGAAAGUAUAUGGAGAAGCAGGUGGGGGAUAAGCUGAAAAGCCUGGCCAGAAAGGGAACAGUCGAUCAACUUGUCAUUAGGGUUCGCAGUUUGUGCGAGAGGUAUCCUAAAGCAGCAGUAUUGUCACAUUCUUACCUCAGAGUGCAUGAAAAGAAUAUUCAUGAAAUGCUUUCGCAGAAACUUGAUAUCAAACGCCUCCAAGUGAAGUACCUGCAAAGUCUCAAGGAUGUGAAUCACGAUAAUCAUGCUCCAGAUAUCAAAAAUGACCAACUGCAAGAAAUAGCAAUGGACGUCAAAACAGCCAUCUUGAAGGGCCAUGAAGCAGACGAGAAUUUCUUUCGCCUUUUAAAUGGACGAGGAGAGAAUCCAUUAGCAGACAAAGAGAAACCCGCGAGUGCUCUUCUCCAAACCAUUGAUCUCGAGCAGCUCGCUGCAAUCAUCCAGAGUACUUUAGUGCAUCACAAAGCAUUCUGUCAAUCAUCUGACAACCUUCGAAUCCAUUACUUCAUAACCUUGCAUGAUGUGUUUGAGAGUAAGAUCAAAAACAAUCAACCGCUUGACUUGUUGCUUCGAGUCCUCACAGACUUCUCACGUGCCAACGAGAGGGGCUCCGGAGAGAUCUGGCUACGAACUUUCAGUCAUUGUAUCUUGCAGAUGGGAGUCGAGUUCAGGGAGUUGAAAGUCUCCCAGUCCUCUUCUCUCACUCCCUCGACAUUUGAGAGUCAGUCGUUCACUCUGGACUGCCUGAACUUCUCGACGGAGAACGAGUCUACCUUCAACUCAUUUGACGCAAUGGAGCUCGAUGACUGCCACGACGAUCCUUCCGUGAAGUCACGUUCCAAACUCAACCGCGAGUUUGCACAGACUUUUGAAAGAUUGCAGAGAUGGAGAUGUCCAAACCGAAAGCCACUUCGAGUGAAUUCACUGAAGGGCAAGCAUGCAUCAUACCUUGAAAGAAUCCGCUGUGCAAAAGCCAAAGAAAUUUCUCGUCGAAGGGAGCAAGCAGAGCUGAAAAGAAAAUCAAAAAUCUAUCUGUCUCGAAGUUACUUUCAGGGAGAUGUUCCUUUCAUUGAGAUCAAGCAAUCUGAUCUGAUUCAACUCUUGCAGCAGGCAACCUACCAAGACUCUCAGUUGUGUCAAAUCGUGAUUCUAGAAUUCGUGGAUGUAGUUUUGAAGAAAAACAACGAAUACCAAACAAAUUUCAUCAAGCUCCUCCAACAACCGCUGGUGAAUGCUUUGAACCUUGAUUCCUUUCAAUCUCCCAUGGUUGUUUCAACCUUGGUGAGCAUUGCAAGAAAGAUGAAUCUCGAUGUCGAUUCCAGACUUCUUGUUGCUGUCUGCAGAAAUCAUUCACAGUGCAUCUAUGAUGGAAUAUUGAAGCUUGAAGAUUCCGAAUCAAUCUCAGAAGAAGAAAGACCUGCAAAAGCUGAGAAGAGGAAACUAUCAACUCCCCAGUCUACAUGGCAGUCACUCUCCAUGUUAUAUUCCCUACUUGAAGAGAGUGACAUGGAGAUCGGGGUCUACGAGAAGUACCUGACGGCAUUCGGAAGAGAGAGCAAGGCAUUGAUUGCUCUGAACCUCAAGAUUGAUCGCAGGUAUGAGGAAGCAAUAUCACAUUACGAAACAUUGCUGGCCGGGGACAGCAUUGCAAGAGAAAUGGCUGACAUCUGUGAACGAGGGUUUCAAGAAAGUUUGCUCAAGAGCCUGCAAUUCUCAACGUUGGAAAAGAGAAUCAAAGAUCAGCACACCUCUGAAGAUACAAAUAGUGAAAGCAUAAGUGGCUUUGAAGUGGAAUUGUUGAAAUUAGAAAACUGGAAAGUUUUGCAAAGUUUCUUGCAAUGUCAAGUUGGAAAUAUCUUCCGGGACUUCGAUACUUUUGGGGACUCUCAGGACUCGACAAAUUGUCUCUCAAAGGCGUUCUUUAAGUCAGAACGAACACAAAAAGAAUAUUGUUUCGAGCAUUCCCUUGCAAGCUUGCUAAAGAACUCACAACAAGUUGAGUGCGAGGAGAUUGUAAGAAGUGGAAUCACGCACCUUUGCAACUCAUGGGAAGAAAGUAUUGGUCUCGGAGAAGAUAUGAAGAUCAAGAGGAUCAUAGAGCUUCAGAGACUCGUCGAGCUCGACGAGUACUUACACUCGAUUGGCAAUGUGCAGGAGUUUGAGAGGCUACUUGCCAGGUGGAGCAAGCGACAACCAAAGAGCACUUGGAGAAGUAUGGAAUUAGGAUGGGAUCAGAUCUUGCUAGGGAGAUACAUCUUUCUCAGACAUGCUGAGUCUUCUAGCCUGACCUCUGAGUGCAUUCAAACUCAGAGAUUGUGUGAUGAGAUGAAGUCGCAAAUCGCAAUGAAGUUUGCGACUGGGUUCGCACGAUGUAAAAAUUAUGCUGCUUCAGGAGUCGCAGAGCAGUUAGGGAAGGUAUCAACAAGCUGCGAGUAUAGGUCCAGAAAGGUAAAGUUAGACUGCAUUGUGAAGUCAAAUCAGAGCAUUGCUGAAAAGGAGCAUUUAUCUGCGUUAGUGCAUCAUGUUUCAUUGAAUGAUUCAGCUGGAGAACGCGAUGGUGUGCCAUGGCGAAUCAAGUGCUUGCUCCGGAUGGCACAUGUCUACGAAACAAUGGGAGAGAAUGAAAAUGCACUCAAAACCUUUAGAGAAGCAAUUGACGGCAGUAAGGAUCUUGCAAAGAAUGCUGGGAUCAAGCUAAAGUACAUGGCAAAAACAAACUUCCUUGCCGCUCUCUUCUGUGAUAAUCAGAUGAAAGAAAGCAAUCAAAACAAACAUUCACAAACAGGAAAACAUGCGUAUGACGAAACAUUCUUGAACUUCUUCUUUGACAGCUUGUUGUCAGCCGUUGAAUAUGGUUGUGAAAAGGCAAACUACAACCUUCCCCGAUUUCUUGAGGUCAUAGAGAAUAUUGAUCAAAAAACUAGGGCUAGUGUAAAGCAGUUGUUCAAAUCCAGGGGAUUUUCAGUCCAACCUCUCAUACAAUGGUUGCAGCAACUUGUGUAUCUUCAUCACAAGUUUCAUCGAAACAAGGACGACGAGCUCACUUCAUAUUUCAUCCAAGAAUUGUCGAAGCACUACCCACAAGCAGUGUAUUUGGCGUUUCAAACAGUAUUCGGAACUGAGACAGAUUCUUUUCUCGACCAUCUCUUCAGCCACAUCAAACAAAAAGUGGAGUCUAUCGAAGAAGUUCGGGAUGCCAUGCACCUCCUGCAAGAUCCGAGGUUGCAGAUCAAUGAAGUUCUCAAGAGGUUGAAACCCGGAGGAAACAAACUCAAUCCAGAAGACAGUCAGAUAAUAUCAUAUCUGAACAAAUCAUUCGUCGACCAACCCAAGAUGAGUGAAAUAAGGGGGAAAAUGAUGAGAGAAGACGAGAACAUCGCUAAAAUGAUCCAUGCACUGUCACAGAAAAGUGGAGCUAGAACGCUUGGAAACGAGGUGAAGUUUUUGAAGCCCUUAGCUUUGAAAAGUUCAACCUUGAGGUUGUUUUCAACGCACCUCUCACGAUUCGAGGGAACGUUUGAAGAGGAGAAAAGCCUAGUUAUUCCUUACCAAGCUCUCGGAAGCAGAAGAGUUCCAUCAGAGUCUCACUUUCCAAGGUUGAUGUCUUUUGACGACAGAAUCAACUUCUUUCCGUCCAAGCAACGCCCAGUGGGAGUUACAAUGAGAGGAUCGGACGGGAAGGAAUAUGGGUGGAUAGUGAAGUGCGGUGAAGAUCUGAGACUAGACGAACGGUUGCAACAGGUGUUCGGAGUGAUGAAUCGACUGAUGCUCUCAGACGUGAACUGCUCCAAGAAAAGUCUUCAUCUUCUCACGUACUCCAUUGUAACACUGAGUAAGCAUGCUGGCAUCAUUGAGUUUGUGGGACAAUCUAAACCACUCGAGAGCUUCGUCGACAAAACGGUCUUGAAUGAGCAGGGAAAGAAGUUCAUGGAGAAAAUCUCACAAAAAACAUGGCUCCAUACUAUCAGUAGAGACAGGCAUCUGAAAAACUCUCUCGUGCUCAAGGAUGGACGAAUCUUAGGGAUCGACUUCGGUUAUGCCCUCGGCUUUGCAACUAUCAGACUGCCUAUCCCUGAGCUCGUGCCCUUCCGCAUGACGCCACAAUUCUUGGGGAUUCUUCACCCUGUUGAUGGGAAAGGCAGCAUGAAGCACACGAUGGCAAGGGUGCUUCAGACGCUCCGAGGCUCGCGGACAGCUCUCUUGAACCUUUUGUCGCUGUUUGCGAAAGAUCCCGUUCUGAGCCUGAUGAUAGACGUGGACGACAUCGUCAAAGAUGUCAAAGGAAAGUUGGAAGGACGGAAUCCAUUCUCAAUCCUGAGAGAACAAGUGACAAGGAAUGGGAGAGUGACAAGUGCGCAUCAGAACUUAGCUCGCCUCAUCGACAAGGUCGAGGAAGAGGCUGGCACUGGCAGCCAUUCCGCCAGUCUGAGCUCCUUCGAGCAAGCUGAUUCGCUGCUGGAGAUAGCAACAUCAAGAGACAUUCUUGCCCGAGCCUUUGAGGGAUGGAGUCCUUACGUCUAA